UGUAGAUGCCUUGGCUGAGAUGAGUGUGAAGGCCUUUGAGCUUGUCCCCGCUGUGGAGAGAGAUCUCCUCAUGGGCGACAAGGCUCGCAUCAACAUCGAGUGCAUCGAGUGCUGUGGAAAGCACUUGUACCUGGGGACCAAUGACUGCUUUAUCCAUCACUUCUUGCUCGACGAAGUCACUUCCUCCAAGGGGAAGCUGAGCUACUCGGCUCAAAAGCUGCUGCACAAAUACUUGGGCCUUAAGAAACCCGUUGCUGAGCUGCACGCCGCCUCUGCUUUGGAGCGUCUGAUAGUGCUCUGCGAUGCCAUCGUGUUCCUUGUUGACAUGGUGACACUGGAGACCGUGCCCUCGGCGGCAGGAGGCGGGGCUAAAAUCAGAGGUGUGACAGCUUUCUGCAUCAAUGAGAAUCCCGUGAAUGGCGAUCCGUUCUGUGUGGAAAUGUGCGUGCUCUCAUCCAAACGGCGAACAGUGCAGAUUUACAUGGUGUACGAGGACAGAGUGCAGCUGGUGAAAGAGGUGAAUACUCCUGAGCAGCCGUGUGCCGUCAGUCUUGACGGUUACUUCUUGUGCCUGGCCCUGGCUACACAGUACAUGAUUCUGAACUACAACACAGGAGCCUCCCAAGACCUCUUCCCUUACAGCAGUGAGGAGAGGAGACCCAUUGUAAAGAGGAUCGGCAGGGAGGAGUUCCUUUUAGCAGCACCUGGUGGUCUGGGAAUGUUUGCGAACGCAGAAGGCGUUUCUCAGCGGGCUCCAGUGAACUGGUCAGAGAGCAUCAUCGGUGCUGCUGUGUGUUUCCCUUACGUGGUGGCCUUGGAUGACAGCUUCAUCACCAUCCACAGCAUGCUGGACCAACAGCUGAAACAGACCCUUUCAUUCAGGGAUGGACACAUUCUGCAAGACUUUGAAGGAAAGGUCAUCCUGGCGUCCAGUAAGGCCGUAUACGUCCUGGUCCCCCUGCCUCUGGAGAGGCAGAUCCAGGACUUACUGGCCAGUCACAGAGUGGAGGAGGCGCUCAUCCUCACAGAGGGGGCUCAGAGAAAUAUUCCCAAAGACAAGUUCCAGAUUUUGCACAAAAGAAUCCUUCAGCAGGCAGGUUUCAUACAGUUCGGCCAGCUGCAGUUCCUUGAAGCAAAAGAGCACUUCAGGAAGGGACAGCUGGAUGUGCGGGAGCUGAUAUCUCUCUACCCAUUGCUGCUGCCGGCGUCCUCUUCAUUCACUCGCUGCCACCCUCCUCUCCACGAGUUUGCAGAUCUGAAUCACCUCGCUCAGGGGGACCAGGAAAAAGUCCUGCGAUGCAAAAGAUUCCUCAUCACUUAUUUGGGAGAGGUACGGAGCACAGAGGUGGCUAAUGGCUGUCGGGAAGACGUGGACACCGCGCUGUUAAAGCUUUACGCUGAGCAGGAUCACGAGAGCCUUCUGGACCUGCUAGCUUCAGACAACUCCUGCCUGCUAGCAGACAGUGUGCCAUGGCUGGAGAAAUAUCACAAAUAUUUUGCUCUUGGGCUGCUCUAUCAUUAUAACGGUCAGGAUUCAGCAGCACUUCAGAUGUGGAUUCGGGUGGUAGAUGGGGAACUGCAAGACUCUACAAGAUCUGGCCUUUAUGAGUACAUCGUGGACUUCCUCUGCUCCAGCUCAGAUCUGGACAUCAUCUGGAAGUAUGCAGACUGGGCCCUGCGCAAGAAUCCCACCACAGGUGUCCACAUCUUUACUAAGAGGCCUAACAGUAAACACCUGUCAGAAUUGAACCCUGAUGAUGUCAUCACUCACCUGGAAAAACACAACCAGUCGCUGCUUCUCUACCUGGAACACCUGGUGCUGGAGAGAAAGACACAGAAAGAGAAGUUCCACACACAUCUGGCGGUGUUGCAUUUGGAGAAGGUUUUGUGUUUGCUGUCAGAGUCACCGAAAGAUGAAGAGCAGAUAACCAGAGCCAGAGAGAGGCUCCAGGCCCUGCUCAGGGAGUCACACCUGUACAAUGUGCAGGUUCUUUUAGGAAAGCUGGAGAACUGUGAACAGCUGCUGCUAGAGCGUGCAACACUACAUGGAAAACUGGACGAGCAUGAUAAAGCACUUCACAUAUUGGUUCACAAGCUCAGAGACUUCCCGUCUGCAGAGGCCUUCUGUAUAUGGGCCUCGUCUUCUCGCGAUUCUGUUUACAGACAGCAGCUGUUUCACCUGCUCUUGGAGGUUUAUCUAAAGGGGAACCAGAAAGUGGCUGCAGGUAGCAAUGGAGAUCUGGAGAUGGCCGCCGUGGACCUCCUUAAUCGGCACGGCGAGGUGUUCGAUGCAGUUCAGGUCCUGCGCAUGCUCCCUGAGGGCUGGUCUCUGCAGCUGCUGCGGCCCUUUCUGGGGCGAGCUGUCAGGGCCAGCAUGCAUGCCUGCCACACCUCCCAGAUCGCACUGGGACUGUCCUACUCUGAAAACCUUCAACUGCUGCAUGACAGGCUGAAAGAGCGGAAGAAGCCAAUCUUUGUGUCCACAAAGAAGGGAUGCCACCUUUGCCACAACACCUUCAGCGAGCCAGACGUGGUGUGUCUGCCGGGUGGAGUGCCUGUCCACAAGCACUGUGUCGCCCAGAGAGUAAGAGACUCUCCCACAAAGAGACAGUUAACUAAUAGCAGUAACUAUACGUGAAAGUCUGCCCUCCACAAUACCACUUGAUGUGUGAUCAGAGGCACCAAACUAAAGCAGCACCUGCAGAGGGUUUGGAUGGCUGAGGACCUUGGCAGUAACAAUAAGCACAGAGCAAAUGUCGCGAUAGUCCAACACCUUGGAGUUACUAAGAAACACAAAGAAGGCUGUAAAACUGAGAAUGUGUAUGAGGAAGAAACGGGUGACAUCAUGUUUUUUUCUUUUCUUCCUGUGCUGCAGUUAUACCGGACUUUCAGGCUGCAAGAUUUUAUUAAAUAAAAAAAACAAACUAAAACGGCCCUUUAAUUGAUCUGAACUGAGAGAAUCAAAAACAGGUCCCUGUGCUUCAUCUGUGGGCUCAGUGCUGCACCGCUAAUCGUCUUUGCUUGAACACUUUCAGAAAUGAGAAACUUCUUUAACUGCAGAAAACAAUAUUUGAUCCUGUUGCAAAUUCUUCUGAAGCAUGCACAAUAUUACCACUCUCACAACUUCCCGUCAUACUAAUCACCUCACAUCGCUGUUGUAACUAUACAACUUGCACUUUUCCAUGUAGGUUUUUAAUUUUGAAAUACUCCAGAGUGUCAUCAGAGUAGUUAUGGAAAGGGAGUCUUUUCUGUCUGUCUUUUACCCUGUUGCUUAAUUUCUCACCUCUGCCAUGCAAUGUUGGAUUCACAAAAAAAAUCAUUUUAUGACUUUGCCAGAAACAAUUUUAUCCAAACUCAUUUAGAAUCAUGUGUUUUUUCUUUAAGUACAAGGCUUAGUUUCAAUGUUAGCAACUGUUUUAAAACCUAUUUUCCAGUCAUCAUCAGUAAGAGUAAUUGGAUAUUAAAUACUUCACCUGCAUCGAGGAUGAUUCAGAUUGACCUUUCAAAACAAAUCAUUCAUUCCUGUUGAUAAUAUGCCAGUGGAAUAAUUGUGAAACAGUACCACAAAUGUUAUAGCUCUAAUAUCAGUGGCAGAUAUGUAAAGUAUCAUUGGAUCAUGUGAAAACAAGUUUCAUACAUUUUGUCUGGUUUUGAGAAACAAAUGACAAUAAAUUAACAAGAAUCUUCACUGCCA